GAACCGCAUGUAACUUGUGGCAAAGAAGCGCUUUAUGUAAGCGUGCCAGUGGAAUCACCGUUCAGAGGACACGUUUUUGUUCGGGGCUAUUACAGUGACCAGAAGUGUCAUAAGGAUUUCCAGUCAUUCAAUGAGACCAGCGGCGAACUUCUCAUGAAUAUUAGUUUCGAGAACUGCGGAAUGCGGCGGAAACGACAGACAAAUCCACGUGGCGUGAGUAUCAGCUCAACGCUAGUCGUAUCAUUCCAUCCAAAACUUAUAACAGCCGGCGAUCGAGCUUACCAGAUAAAGUGUUUUUAUAUGGAAGAACAGCAGAUGGUUCAUUCAGACGUUAAAUUUAGCCCUAUGCAAGCAACUGAAAUGGAGAUGAAGCUGCCGAUGCCGAAUUGCGGAUACAGGGUACUGACAAACGGUCCAGCUGGCGAUCCAGUUCGAACACUGAAUGUCGGUGACAUAGUAUAUCAUAGCUGGGAAUGCAAAUGGGAAUCACACAAGGAAGGUAUCUACUGCAUGUUGCUGCACUCCUGCAGUGCUGAUGAUGGGCACGGAUCCACGCAACCAGUUGUCGAUAGCCAUGGAUGCUCAAUGGACGAAGAAAUAUUCCCUCAGAUUCAGUACAGCGGCGAUCUGGCUGCCGGAACACUGAUGAAAGCAUUCAAAUUUGCAGACAGCCCGAAUGUUUUCUUUCAAUGCCAAAUAAACUUGAGCCUGGCUGUAAAUCACAGCAAUGGAACGUGCUCGGUCUGUUAGAU